UAGAGGUUGUGAAGAACCAAAAGCUGUUUUGGGAUUUGCCGUCUCAAGUUUCAUCUAGCUACCUCCAACAAAUCCUUCAAUCUCCAUGGCUACAUCGGACAAGAAAACAAGGGGCUAUGUUCCUUGGAAUGAUGAGAUGGAUAAGGUACUCCUUGAUACAUUUGUGGACUAUUACAAUAAAGGUGAUAGAUGUCAGAAUGGGUGGAAGUCUUAUGUAUACACAACUGCUGUGAAGAAUGUUUGUGAGAAGUGUAAUGUCACCAUUACAAAGGAAAAUAUUAGCUCUCGCAGCAAGACCUUUGAUAAGCACUACAAUAUCAUUAAUGGUUUGUUGUCCACUAGUGGUUUUAGAUGGGAUUGGGAGAAGAACAAGCUCAAAGUUGAUAGUGACACUGUAUGGGAUGAGUACGUUGAGAGGAAUAAGGAAGCAAAAGGAUAUAGACAUAAGGUUGUGAAGUUUUGGGAUCUACUCAGCCUAGUGUACAAUAAAGACCAAGCAAAUGGAGAGGGUGCUAAAACAGCAGCUGAAAGUUCAAAGGAAAUGGCAAAAGAGAAUAAUACCGGAGGCAAGGAUGCUCCAUAUUCUGUAUCUUCCUGGAGUAGUUUAAAAAGACAAAGAUCAGAUGAUUCAUUUAACUCCAUAUGGUGUGAUAAGUUUGACAUGCUUACAUCUGCAUUGAAAGAUGACGGUCCAAGGCUACCCUCUUCCGCCGAAGUUCUCGCCGCAUUACAAGAGGUUGAGGGACUUGAUGAAGACACAGAACUUGAGCUUUAUGACAUCCUCACCUCUAAUGCACGCAAGUUUGAGUCGAUGAUGGCACUCCCAAUGGAAAGGAGGAAGAGGUGGCUUAUGAUGCAGCUAAGGAAGUGAAACAACUUAUAUGUGAACUUAGAUCUCUGUGUUGAACUGAUUGUGUGAACUUGUCUUUGUGAAACUUUUGUGUGCGAACUUGAUGGCUAUGUGAAACUGUUGUGUGCGAACUUGAUGGCUUUAUGAAACUGCUAUGUGAAGAUUUGAUGUCUUUGUAGAA